CCUGGCUGAGGCGCGUCAUAGCCAAAACUUCCUGCUGAAGAAGCUAAUUUCCUGAAAUCGCCACAGACAAGUUUACAAAUCUUCACGCAGAAGCGGCGCACUUCGGUCUCUCAAAUUAAAAGGAUUACAUUUUAGACUUUUCUCCCCCCCUCUUCGGCGGCGAAUGGAGCUUAAAUGGGAUAUACGGUUAGGAGUUUUGCUUGUUUUACUGCAGGUCCUUGGAGGUGGCUGUGUGGAGCCGACGGCACCAUGUUCCCCUGGUUUUGCUUCUGAUCUUUUCCUCUUCAGAGUUCACAGAGAACACCUGCAGAGGGGCUCCGGGAUCGGCACAGUUGUUUUUAACAGUUGUAGUGGAAGAACACUGGCCGUCUUUGACUCUGGUGAUAAGCGGUUUCGUGUAGACUCUGAUGGCACAGUGAAGCUGAAGAGACGGGUCACUCUUCAUAAUGGCCGUAAGGUCUUCUCUGUCUCUGCUUGGGACUCCAGAGGAAAGAAACACACUGCAAUUGUGAGGGUGGAACAUCAGAGUCAAGCUGAACACAGUCAUGAACAGCAGGAAGAUGUUGGGGCAAUUGAACCUGUGCAGGCUUAUCCCCCCUCGACACUCUUUCUGGAGUUUCCAGCAUCGGGUGGAUUACGGAGAAGGAAAAGAGAGUGGGUGAUUCCUCCGAUCAGUGUCUCGGAAAAUAGAAGAGGGAAAUACCCUAUGGAGUUGGUGCAGAUUAAGUCCAGUUAUGCUAAAGAAACAGCGAUGAUGUACCGGAUCACUGGUGAAGGAGCAGACCAGCCUCCAGUGGGAAUUUUCACAAUAGAUAAAUACACUGGUUGGCUCUUUGUGACAAUGCCUCUAGACAGAGAAAAAAAAGAUAGAUAUGUGCUGCAAGCCCAUGCUAAGGCAACUACUGAUCAAAUCGGAGAAGAUCCCAUGGAAGUUAUAGUUGUUGUGCUGGACCAGAAUGAUAAUACUCCUGUCUUCACCCAAAAUCCAUUCCUUGGCAGUGUACCAGAAGCUUCAAAAAUAGGGUUUGAGUUCAUGACCGUCAGUGCCACUGAUGCAGACGAACAGGGCAGUGAUAAUGCUGAUGUCAGGUACUCAAUCAAGAAUCAGGAACCACCAGAGCCAAGUUCAAACAUGUUUACCAUCAACCCUAUCAGUGGAGUGAUCUCAGUGAAUGCUGAUGGACUGGACCGGGAGAAAUUUAGGGAAUAUACCUUGGAGAUUCAAGCAGCAGAUGAUCAGGGCAGAGGCCGCUCGGUCACUGGAAAAGCUGUUAUUACUGUAACAGACAGCAACGACAAUCCACCUCAAUUUGUGCAAAAUUUGUACGAGGUGACCGUCCCAGAGAAUGAAGUGGGAGCUGUGGUGGUAAAAAUGCCAGUUGAGGAUAAGGAUGAGCCACAGUCAUCUGCCUGGGCAGCAAAGUUCAGUAUUGUUAAAGGUGACACCAGUGGAUUUUUCAACAUCACCACAGGACCAAACAAACAGGAGGGCAUCAUUACUACUGUCAAGCCAUUGGACUUUGAGAGUAACAACAAAUAUACACUGCUGGUAGCUGUGGAAAACGAGGUUCCAUUUGCAAAACCUCUGACUACCUCCACUGCUACAGUCAUUGUAAGUGUUAUUGAUGUGAACGAGGCUCCAGUGUUCAAACCAGUGGAGAAGUUGAUUUCGAAACCUGAAGAUGAAAAGGUUGGUAGUGAACUGACUGUCUACACUGCCAUUGAUCCAGAUACUGCAAAGGCCCAGACAGUGGCGUAUCGUGUUGGAUAUGAUCCUGCUGGCUGGUUGAGUGUUGAUCGAGACACUGGACUAAUCAAAGUCAAGAGUCCUAUGGACAGAGAAUCUCAUUUUGUGAAAGAUGAUAAAUAUACAGCCCAAAUCCUAGCUGUAGAUGAUGAUGAAAUUCCAGCAACUGGUACUGGGACUCUUGUAAUUGAGCUGGUGGAUGUGAAUGAUAAUGCUCCAACAGUUGAGAUGAGCAACAUCGAUGUAUGUAAUAAGGAGCCACCUCCAGUGGUCCUGCCUGUGACUGAUGAGGAUGGGCCUGGCUUUACUUCUCCUUUUAGUGUGGCAUUGCAAGGAGAUGGCAAGGACAAUUGGACUGCCACAAUGAACGCGUCGAAAACGGGGAUUGUACUUUCAUUGAGGGCUCCGCUCAGUCCUGGAGUUUACAAUGUUGUUCUGAAGGUGUUUGACAUCCAAAGCCUAUCAGAAGACAACAUUAUCCAGGCCACUAUAUGCGACUGCAAAGGAGCUGAUUUUAAUUGCCAGUUUAAGCCUCCACCAGGCAUCCCUGGUGUUCUUGGAAUUUUGGGGGCUAUUUUGGCUCUGUUGUUGCUGGUCCUGCUGCUGCUUCUGUUCCUUAGAAGAAGAAGCUCUAAGAAGGAACAGCCCCUGAUCAAUGAUGAUGAUAUCCGUGACAAUGUUUACUAUUAUGAAGAAGAGGGUGGUGGAGAGGAUGAUCAGGACUAUGACCUGAGCGUUUUGCACAGGGGCCUCGACAACCAUCCUGACGUGUUCCGUAAUGAUGUGGCUCCCACCUUUAUGCCUGCCCCAGAAUAUCGUCCACGGCCUGCAAACCCUGAGGAGAUUGGCACCUUCAUUGAUGAUAACCUGAAGGCAGCUGAUAAUGACCCUACAGCUCCCCCCUAUGAUUCCCUCUUGGUGUUUGAUUAUGAGGGUGGUGGAUCAGAGGCAGGAUCCCUCAGCUCCCUGAACUCUUCCAGCUCAGGAGAUCAGGACUAUGACCGUCUUAAUGAGUGGGGACCACGCUUCAAGAAAUUGGCUGACAUGUAUGGCGGAGGAGAGGACUAGGAAUUGGGAGAUUUUUCAGAAGCCAACAAGGCAAUGGCUCGGAGAAGGAAAACUCUAGAAAACACCUACUGCGAUGGGCUAACAACCCACCCAGUUCAAUUCAUUGUUACCGAAGCACGGACAACUGAAACCAAUCAACCUUGCUUGGAAGAGGGAAUGCCUCAGCCUCUGAGAAAAAUGACGCAGUGCAGUGAAAGCCGAGAGGAAGCUGCACCGCUGAUAGCCCUCCUGACUUCCAAGAAAACCCUGAGACUAGGAAACUGGAAUGUAAGAAUAAUGUAUGAAGCAGGGAAAACAGCACAGAUUGCUAAUGAAAUGAAGAAUUACAAGAUCUCAAUCCUCGGACUCAGUGAGACCAGAUGGACCAAUUCAGGGCAGCUGCGAUUAGCAUCAGGAGAAACGAUAUUGUAUUCAGGCCAUGAAGACGAAAAUGCAUCCCACACAGAAGGAGUGGCUCUCAUGCUCACAAAGGAAGCUCAACGCUCCCUGAUUAGCUGGGAAGCAGCUGGCCCAAGAAUAAUCGUAGCCCUCUUCAAGACCACACAAAAUAAGAUUAAGUUACACAUAGUACAGUGCUAUGCUCCCACAAAUGAGGCAGAUGACGACCUGAAAAACAGCUUCUACAAUAGACUACAGAACAUCCUGGAAAAUGUCAGUGAGAAAGACCUACUUGUGGUCAUGGGUGACAUGAACGCAAAGGUUGGAGCAGACAAUACAGGUUUGGAAGAAGUGAUGGGAAAACAUGGUCUUGGUGAAAUGAAUGAAAAUGGAGAAAGAUUCACAAACCUAUGUGCUUCAAACAACCUGAUCAUAGGUGGCAGCAUCUUCCCACAUAAAAUAAUUCAUAAGGCCACAUGGAUAUCCCCAGACCAUGUCACAGAAAACCAAAUCGAUCAUUUCUGCAUCAAGAAGAAAUUCCGGAAGUCGCUGCUAGAUGUGCGUGUCCAAAGAGGUGCCGACGCAGCAUCGGAUCACCACCUACUACUGGCCAAGGUGAAGCUCAAGCUAAAGAAAAUCCAAGCACCAAAAGGAAGUGCCAGGAAAAUGUACAAUGUUACUUCACUGAAAGACAAAGCAAUAUGCACAGAAUACUCUUUGGCAGUGUCAAACAGAUACCAGGCCCUACAAGAAAUGCUGGAAGAUGAAGACUUGAGUGUAGACCAGACAUGGCAACAGGUGAAAAACCUAUGGUCCGACGAGUGUGAGAAAACCUUGGGACUGAAAAAGCAGACACAGAAGGAAUGGAUCUCCCCUGAAACAGUGAGAAAAGUGGAAGACCGGAAGACUAAGAAGUCAUUGCUAAACAACAGCAGAACCCGGCUUGAAAAAAAAGAAGCACAACAGAAGUAUACCGAAGCCCACAAAGCUGUAAGGCGAAGUGUUCGGGCGGACAAGAGGAAAUAUGCAGACAACCUGGCAAAGGAAGCAGAAGAUGCAGCAGCCAAGAGAAAUAUGAAGGCAUUAUAUGAUACCACCAAGAAGCUUACAGGGAAACACCACCGAGCAGACAAGCCUAUCAGGGACAAAGCAGGCACGGUGCUGACCAGGACAGAAGACCAACUCGAUAGAUGGAGAGAACACUUCAGUGAGCUUCUCAACCGACCAUCACCUGAAGAUCUACUGCAAAUUGCACCACCAGACACCCUGCUAGAUAUGGACUGCAGCAAACCAAGCAAAGUUGAAAUAAGAAAGGCAAUCUCCCUUCUAAGAAAUGGGAAAGCGGCAGGCCCAGACAACGUUCCUGCAGAAGCCAUCAAAGCCAGCAUAAACACCUCAACCGAUGCCCUACACACCCUGUUUAGCAAGAUCUGGGAAGAGGAGGAGAUACCACUGGAUUGGAAAGAAGGUUAUCUGACCAAGAUACCAAAGAAAGGAGACCUUAGCAACUGCCAAAAUUACAGAGGGAUAAUGCUGUUGUCAGUUCCGGGCAAAGUCUUCAACAGAGUACUCCUGGAGAGAAUAAAAGCAGCAGUAGACAGCAGACUGCGUGAUCAACAGGCAGGUUUUUGUAAAGAUGGGUCUUGUACAGAUCAUAUAGCCACCCUCAGGAUCAUAAUAGAACGAUCAAUUGAGUGGAACUCUCCGCUGUAUGUUAACUUCAUUGACUAUGAGAAAGCCUUUGACAGCAUCGACAGGAACACACACUGGAAGCUGAUGCAACACUAUGGCAUUCCACAAAAGUUCAUCACGCUGAUUCAGAAAAUCUAUGAAGGCUCGUCUUGCAAAGUCAUGCAUGGAGGACAACUGACCAACAGCUUCGAAGUGAAAACAGGGGUCAGACAGGGCUGCCUUCUAUCACCGUUCCUUUUCCUGCUAGGGAUCGACUACAUCAUGAAAAAGACCACUGAAGGCAGGAGAAAUGGAAUCCAAUGGACGCUUUGGUCUCAGCUGGAUGACCUAGAUUUUGCAGAUGACCUUGCAUUGCUGUCCCACAAGUUCAGUCAGAUGCAAGAGAAGACAACAUGCCUGGCACAGGUGUCUACACAAAUAGGGCUAAACAUCCACCUCGGCAAGACCAAAGUACUCAGGAUAAAUGCAGCUAAUGAUGAAGCAGUUAUGCUUGGGGAGAAGGCCCUCGAAGAAGUCAACAGCUUCACGUAUCUGGGCAGCAUAGUGAACAAACAGGGAGGAUCCGAUGAAGAUAUCAGGGCAAGAAUAGGAAAAGCAAGGGCCGUCUACAUCUCUAUGAAAAACAUCUGGAAAUCAAGAGAGCUGACUACCCCAAUAAAGAUACGCCUGUUCAACUCAAAUGUCAAAUCAGUACUCCUAUAUGGCUCAGAAACUUGGAGGCUGACCAAGACAACAACCAAAAAACUGCAGACGUUCAUCAAUUGCUGUUUAAGAAGGAUCCUGAGAAUUCAUUGGACGGACCAUGUACGGAACGAAGUGUUAUGGGAAAGAUCCAAACAAGAACCCAUCGGGAAGACCAUCCUGCAAAGGAAGUGGAACUGGAUUGGGCACACCUUGCGAAAGCCAAGUUCGAACGUCACCAGGCAGUCCCUGACAUGGAACCCUCAAGGGAAGAGAAAACCAGGACGCCCCAAGAACACAUGGCGACGCGACCUGGAUGCCGAGCUGCGAAGAGCAGGCUACUCUUUCCGAGAGGCAGAAAACCUAGCACAGGAUCGUCGCCACAGACAAGUUUACAAAUCUUCACGCAGAAGCGGCGCACUUCGGUCUCUCAAAUUAAAAGGAUUACAUUUUAGACUUUUCUCCCCCCCUCUUCGGCGGCGAAUGGAGCUUAAAUGGGAUAUACGGUUAGGAGUUUUGCUUGUUUUACUGCAGGUCCUUGGAGGUGGCUGUGUGGAGCCGACGGCACCAUGUUCCCCUGGUUUUGCUUCUGAUCUUUUCCUCUUCAGAGUUCACAGAGAACACCUGCAGAGGGGCUCCGGGAUCGGCACAGUUGUUUUUAACAGUUGUAGUGGAAGAACACUGGCCGUCUUUGACUCUGGUGAUAAGCGGUUUCGUGUAGACUCUGAUGGCACAGUGAAGCUGAAGAGACGGGUCACUCUUCAUAAUGGCCGUAAGGUCUUCUCUGUCUCUGCUUGGGACUCCAGAGGAAAGAAACACACUGCAAUUGUGAGGGUGGAACAUCAGAGUCAAGCUGAACACAGUCAUGAACAGCAGGAAGAUGUUGGGGCAAUUGAACCUGUGCAGGCUUAUCCCCCCUCGACACUCUUUCUGGAGUUUCCGGCAUCGGGUGGAUUACGGAGAAGGAAAAGAGAGUGGGUGAUUCCUCCGAUAAGUGUCUCGGAAAAUAGAAGAGGGAAAUACCCUAUGGAGUUGGUGCAGAUUAAGUCCAGUUAUGCUAAAGAAACAACGAUGACGUACCGGAUCACUGGUGAAGGAGCAGACCAGCCUCCAGUGGGAAUUUUCACAAUAGAUAAAUACACUGGUUGGCUCUUUGUGACAAUGCCUCUAGACAGAGAAAAAAAAGAUAGAUAUGUGCUGCAAGCCCAUGCUAAGGCAACUACUGAUCAAAUUGUAGAAGAUCCCAUGGAAGUUAUAGUUGUUGUGCUGGACCAGAAUGAUAAUACUCCUGUCUUCACCCAAAAUCCAUUCCUUGGCAGUGUACCAGAAACUUCAAAAAUAGGGUUUGAGUUCAUGACCGUCAGUGCCACUGAUGCAGACGAACAGGGCAGUGACAAUGCUGAUGUCAGGUACUCAAUCAAGAAUCAGGAACCACCAGAGCCAAGUUCAAACAUGUUUACCAUCAACCCUAUCAGUGGAGUGAUCUCAGUGAAUGCUGAUGGACUGGACCGGGAGAAAUUUAGGGAAUAUACCUUGGAGAUUCAAGCAGCAGAUGAUCAGGGCAGAGGCCGCUCGGUCACUGGAAAAGCUGUUAUUACUGUAACAGACAGCAACGACAAUCCACCUCAAUUUGUGCAAAAUUUGUACGAGGUGACCGUCCCAGAGAAUGAAGUGGGAGCUGUGGUGGUAAAAAUGCCAGUUGAGGAUAAGGAUGAGCCACAGUCAUCUGCCUGGGCAGCAAAGUUCAGUAUUGUUAAAGGUGACACCAGUGGAUUUUUCAACAUCACCACAGGACCAAACAAACAGGAGGGCAUCAUUACUACUGUCAAGCCAUUGGACUUUGAGAGUAACAACAAAUAUACACUGCUGGUAGCUGUGGAAAACGAGGUUCCAUUUGCAAAACCUCUGACUACCUCCACUGCUACAGUCAUUGUAAGUGUUCUUGAUGUGAACGAGGCUCCAGUGUUCAAACCAGUGGAGAAGUUGAUUUCGAAACCUGAAGAUGAAAAGGUUGGUAGUGAACUGACUGUCUACACUGCCAUUGAUCCAGAUACUGCAAAGGCCCAGACAGUGGCAUAUCAUGUUGGACGUGAUCCUGCUGGCUGGUUGAGCGUUGAUCGAGACACUGGACUAAUCAAAGUCAAGAGUCCUAUGGACAGAGAAUCUCAUUUUGUGAAAGAUGAUAAAUAUACAGCCCAAAUCCUAGCUGUAGAUAAUGAUGAAAUUCCAGCAACUGGUACUGGGACCCUUGUAAUUGAGCUGGUGGAUGUGAAUGAUAAUGCUCCAACAGUUGAGAUGAGGAACAUCGAUGUAUGUAAUAAGGAGCCACCUCCAGUGGUCCUGCCUGUGACUGAUAAGGAUGGGCCUGGCUUUACUUCUCCUUUUAGUGUGGCAUUGCAAGGAGAUGGCAAGGACAAUUGGACUGCCACAAUGAAUGCGUCGAAAACGGGGAUUGUACUUUCAUUGAGGGCUCCACUCAGUCCUGGAGCUUACGAUGUUGUUCUGAGGGUGUCUGACAUCCAAGGCCUAUCACAAGACAACAUUAUCCGGGCCACUAUAUGCGACUGCAAAGGAGCUGAUUUUGGAUGCCAGGAUGGGUUCUGGCUACUAUUCAGCAUCGCUGGUGUUCUUGGAAUUUUGGCUGUGUUGUUGCUGGUCCUGCUGCUGCUUCUGUUCCUUAAAAGAAGAAGAAGCUCCAAGAAGGAACAGCCCCUGAUCGAUGAUGAUAUCUGUGACAAUGUUUACUAUUAUGAAGAAGAGGGUGGUGGAGAGGAUGAUCAGGACUAUGACCUGAGCGUUUUGCACAGGGGCCUCGACAACCGUCCUGACGUGUUCCGUAAUGAUGUGGCUCCUACCUUUAUGCCUGCCCCAGAAUAUCGUCCACGGCCUGCAAACCCUGAGGAGAUUGGCACCUUCAUUGAUGAUAACCUGAAGGCAGCUGAUAAUGACCCCACAGCUCCCCCCUAUGAUUCCCUCUUGGUGUUUGAUUAUGAGGGUGGUGGAUCAGAGGCAGGAUCCCUCAGCUCCCUGAACUCUUCCAGCUCAGGAGAUCAGGACUAUGACCGUCUUAAUGAGUGGGGACCACGCUUCAAGAAAUUGGCUGACAUGUAUGGCGGAGGAGAGGACUAGGAAUUGGGAGAUUUUUCAGAAGCUUCAUUUUAGGUAUGAAGCACAAAGAUGGACAGACUGAUGGAUAGAUGUAAAUUUGGGACAGUUUUAGUUUCCAUGUUGGUUUAUGAUUUAAUAUUGGAACAAUACUGGCUAAAAGAGUGGCUAUUUUUUGUGUCUCAUUUGUUAAUGGAUUUACUUUUUACUGCAUGAUUUUUCAAAGCACUGUGAGGUAUGAUGUUUAUCAAUAAAGUUUUAUCAAGUUUGUAUCCCA